UCGUUGACUGCGACACCUCCGCCACCUGUUGCCCGGGAUGUGUUUGGCUUUUUAAAGAGACAUCUCUGACUGGGCGGUGCUAAAGAGGAGCAUUACAAACAGGCGGCUCCGACAUGAACGCCAUUUGUCCCUUGCUUCCGUGAAACCCGAGCCUAGUGGAAGAAGAUGGUGACCAAAAGGAUCCGCUCGGAGUACAUGAAGAAAUUUAAAGACCCCAAAUGGGAGACUUACUCGAAAUGUUAUGAGGAGAGGCUGAAGUACAGGUUGGCUCGAAGACUUCUGGAGCAAUCGCACAACCCCUGGUUCUGGAGUGGAUCCGACAGCGACUCGGAUUCAGUUGGAGGAAAUUCACCUCAGGCCGACAGGAGCCAAGCUCAGCGUUGUGAGAAAGGUGAUGAGCCUGCAGGGGCCGAGCUGGAGGAGUGCCAGGGGGCCAAGGUUGAUGUACUAAGUCUUCCCGUCCUGGAGCAGGAGGAACAAAAUUACCAUUCUCAAGGGGCAGAACAGAGUGUCAGUAAACACAAAAGUGUUACUCAACGGGAACCACAAGCAGUGUUUCAUCCUGAAAAAGAUCCUGCAGCUCGAGCGGCACAGCAGACAACGCCACAGAGGCUUCCCAAAUUUAAGUGUGUCCAGCGGGUUAAAAAAACAGCAGUGGUGCGGCCUCCAAAUGAUGACAGCAAACAUCCUUUUGCGCUGUAUGCUUCUGGUGAGAAGGAUGCCGAUGUUGCCGGCAGAAAGACACACAACGUUCGACCUGCUUGUUCGACCAAUGAGAUACAUGCAUCAGCUCUGAGGGCAAAGUCCAGACGGGAAGUAGAGCGACAGGUCCAGGCCCAGCGAUGCGAGCGUCGCCGAGCCAAGUCGGCUGAUUUGGACCAAGCCAGAAAGAGGGUUCAGCCUGAGUUUAACCCUUGGCUCACUGAGUACAUGCGUUGCUUCUCUGCUCGCUCUCGAUGAAACUCACUCACUCAUUCACUCACUCACUCACACACGUAACAAUACUAAGCCAAACAGGUUCCAUGGCUAGUAGGCCAUCAUUGAAAGUAGGGAUGUUCGAUACCAAUUCUUUAUU